GCCCAUGGUGCUGCGUUUCUGUGAGCCGGUGCACAGCGAAUGCCUUCCGCCCCAGAGCUGGCUGCAGUUUAGUGGCAGCGCGUCAGGACGAGCACCCCAUGCUCAGAUCUGCAAAGCCCUUGGUGGCCUGUGGUGACUGCGAGUACCGGCUGGGCGAGACCCACCUUCCUGAUGGUGCAGAGUGCGCCCCUCGCAGGACGGGUGAGCGCUGAGAGGCGCCAGCGCCUCGGGGCUCGUCCGAAACCGGGUGGUUCUUAGACCGAGGGACACACCCUGCGAGCUGAGCCCGCACCAGCCCCACUGCACCCCCAGCCCUCGAUUCGGGGAGGCCAGUCUGACAUCUCCCCUGAAGGAGCUGCCUGGUGUCUGCGGCUGGGACUGGGGCCGGCCAAGCAGCACCAUGUCCCUGAACCCCCCCACCAGCAACGAUGCCUGCCUGAGCAUCGUCCACAGCCUGAUGUGCCACCGGCAGGGCGGGGAAAACGAGACCUUCGCCAAGCGGGCGAUCGAGAGCCUGGUGAAGAAGCUGAAGGAGAAGAAGGACGAGCUGGACUCGCUCAUCACGGCCAUCACCACCAACGGUGCCCAUCCCAGCAAGUGUGUCACCAUCCAGCGCACCCUGGAUGGGCGGCUGCAGGUGGCUGGCCGGAAGGGCUUCCCCCACGUGAUCUACGCCCGGCUCUGGCGCUGGCCCGACCUGCACAAGAACGAACUGAAACACGUCAAGUUCUGCCAGUUCGCCUUCGACCUCAAGUACGACAGCGUCUGCGUGAACCCCUACCACUACGAGCGCGUGGUGUCGCCAGGCCUGGGUCUGAGCAUCCAGAACACAGCACCCCCUGCCCGCCUAGUGAAGGAGGAGUUUGUCCAUGACUGUGUCCAGAUGGAGGUGCCCACGGGGCUGGGCUCCCCCACCAGCGACCACGGCCCAGGGGCCAAGCUCCUACCCCGGGGGAUGCCCCCCGCCGAGUCCUACCGCCAGCCACUGCCCCCCCUCCAGCUGCCUGAGCCCCCCCAUGCCCCCGUAAACAUCUACCCGACCCUGCCCAUGUCACCCGCGGCAGUGGCCCCCGGGGGCCCUCUGUUGUCCAUGGCGCAUGGCGAGGGACUGCAGCAGAUCGGCUCCCCGCACCAGCCCAUGGCGCCCACCCCACCCCCAGCCCCCCCAGCCUCGCAGCAGAACGGCUACCCCGCGCCCCCCAAGCAGUCCUACCACAACACGACAGCCAGCUGGACGGGCAGCAGCACAGCAGUGUACACCCCCAGCCUGGGGAGCCAGCAGCCCACCCCCCCACCACCCCCUCCACCACCGCCGCCGCAGCAGAAUGGACGGAGCCACCCGCAGCCCCCGCUCCAUCACCCCAACCACUACUGGCCCUCGCACCAUAACGCGGCUCCCUACCAGCAGCCAGUCUCCAGCCAUCCUGGCCCGGAGUUCUGGUGCUCCAUCGCCUACUUCGAGAUGGAUGUGCAGGUCGGGGAGAUCUUCAAGGUACCGUCCAGCUGCCCCGUGGUGACGGUGGACGGCUACGUGGACCCCUCGGGGGGCGACCGCUUCUGCCUGGGGCAGCUCUCCAACGUGCACCGCACAGACGCCAGCGAGCGGGCCAGGCUGCACAUCGGCAAGGGGGUGCAGCUAGAGUGCCGGGGCGAGGGCGACGUCUGGAUGCGCUGCCUGAGCGACCACGCCGUCUUCGUGCAGAGCUACUACCUGGACCGGGAGGCCGGGCGCGCCCCGGGCGACGCCGUGCACAAGAUCUACCCCGGAGCCUACAUCAAGGUGUUCGACCUGCGGCAGUGCCACCGCCAGAUGCAGCAGCAGGCAGCCACGGCGCAGGCAGCAGCAGCGGCCCAGGCAGCGGCCGUAGCAGGGAACAUCCCGGGGCCCGGCUCUGUGGGAGGCAUCGCACCGGCUGUUAGCCUCUCUGCUGCUGCUGGGAUCGGUGUGGACGACCUGCGGCGCCUCUGCAUCCUGCGUCUGAGCUUCGUCAAGGGCUGGGGGCCAGACUACCCCCGCCAGAGCAUCAAGCACACCCCCUGCUGGAUCGAGGUGCACCUGCACCGCGCCCUGCAGCUGCUGGACGAGGUGCUGCACACCAUGCCCAUGGCUGACCCGGGGCCCGUCAACUAGUCGGGUGCCACCCGGCCACAGGGCUUCCAGCCUCUGCUUUAAAGGGCCGGUGCUGCCUUCCAUCAGUGAGCGUCCAUGGGGCCUUAUCUUACCAUGUGGGGUGCCAGGACUCCCCCCUCCCCCACGAGCGUGCCCCUCCCACUGAGCCCUGAGCCAGCUGCCACCCCGGAGCCAAAGCGAGCCAGCCCCAUCGGCACGUCCCGGCUGCAGGGAGUCUCUGGGCUCGGUCGAGACUCUUAACAAGGGAGCGACUGCCCCGAUCUGCUGGUCCCCUCUGGGCUCUGCCCCAGCUCGCUCUGGGGGCCAGGACUCCUGGGUUCUCCUGGGGGCUGGCUAGCCUGCUGGGUCUCUUCCAUCUCUGUGAGCUUGGAGGUGUUUCAGCCUUCCCUCCCCUGCUCCAUCCACCCCCCAAUUCCUCGGGUGACACGUCCUCCUCGCCUGGCCCCUUUGCCCAGCACUCGGCCAGGCGCUGCCCUGUGGGGAGGGGUUAUGGGCGGCCGCUCUCCUCCCCUUUAAAGCCCUCCCAGGCACACUCGCUUUUUGGGGUGGUUUGAUUUAAAUUGUAAUAAAAAGCCAAAUAACUAGGGCCCUACCGAAUUCACAGCCGUCACACACACACACACAUACACACACACACCCUCCUUUUGGGGUCAGGACCCUACAAGUGCAACACUGAAAUUUCAGAGUUAAGUAGCUGAAAUCAUGAAACUUCCGAUUUUUAAAAUCCUAUGACCGUGAAAUUGACCACAAUGGCCGGUGAAUUUGGUAGGGCCCUACAAUAACUAAAAGUACCAAAAAUCCCAGCCCGGCACUGCCAGGGCCUGGCUGCCUUGGCCCGCUGCAGGGAGCGCGGGUAACGGGGAUCCUGUAGCCAGUGCCCCCUUGUGGCCAGCUGUGCAGGUGCAGUUCAUUGGCCUGCCCUGCAGUUCUGCCGUUCCCAGGAGUGCCUGAGGUCGGCUGGGUUUGCACCAUGGGGAGCGUCUCAGUCCUGGACCAGGUGCGGGGAAGGAGCCGGGCAAGUGGCGUGCUUUCCUCCCAGGCACUGGGCCCUCUGCGAGCGGGAAUUCAGACACUUCAUGUGGCUUUUUUAAUUGUUAUUUAAAUAUGAUCUGGGUUUUUUCCA